AUGGCGACGGUAGAAACUGCACAGGCAGUUUCCAUGGAAAGGCCCUCAAGUCAAGGGAGCCCUCGGCUCUUCAUGUUGCCUUUCCAUGGUACGGGUGAGGAUGCCCAGCCCAGCAGGGCACCAGCUGUGGCGGCGGCGGCAUCCAAUCAUUCCAACGAUGAUAGCACCUCUUCAAUCGACCAUGUGAUUGAUAAGAAACCAACGGAGACGAUCACAAAGCGACAGAAGGUUAAGCGCCAUUGUGCCAAGUUCAAGUGGUGGUACUUGGGAGGGUUGCUUAUAUUUCUCGUAAUCUUUCUCCCAAUUCUCUUCAAAGUAAUAGUUCCCGUCAUCGUCCAAAAAAUUGUCAACAAUCAAAGUCUGCCGGUGGAGAGUGGUGUCAUUCGAGCUGUUUCACCAAACGAGCUUUUGGUCACUCUGAAGACCUCACUAGACACACCGCUACCAGCCACGAUCAACCCCUUUGAACUGAGCCUCUACAACAAAGAUAGCGAUGAUCCUUCCCCUUUCGUCCAAAUCCAGCUACCUGAGGCGAAGGUUAAUCACAACACCACUAUUACGGUUGAGGAGCAGACAGUGAACGUUUUGAACGAAAACCAGCUAGUUUGGUGGUUUAGCAAUAUAUUUGAUCAAGCAGAGACGGAACUCUCCGUUUCUGGGAAGCCCAAAGUCAGUCUCGGGGCCCUAAACUAUGAACCUAAGAUGGAUGUCACGGUGAAGGUGCCAGCGUUAAAUCGCCUUCACGGUUUUACGGUUGAGAAGCUAGAAUUCACUGGGGUGCAGGACGGCAGUAGCAACAACAUCAAAGGGAAGCUCAACCUCCCAAAUGCGGGAGUCCUCACACUUGGUCUAGGGAAUCUCACCUUGAACAUCAUCUCCGGAGACAUUACCCUUGGUGUCGUUAAUGUUUACAACGUGGAGCUCAAACCCGGGAAUAAUACAAGCGAUUUUGACGGUGAGAUCUACCUCGACCAGCUCAUUCCCAAUCUAGGCGCCCUACUAGAUAGCCAGAAAGAUGCCCUGGCUGUUGGGGCUAUCGAUCUCACCGUCACUGGAAACUCAACGAUUGUCAAUGGCCAACACAUCAAAUAUGUGGAAUCAGUUCUAAACAAGAAAACUAUUAGCACAAGAAUUCCCAUCUUGACACUAGCAGGGGAUAUUCUAAGCGGUAUCCUCAGCAGCGACUCUCAAUCUUCGCUUGUUAAUGUCAUCGGCAAUGUGUUCGGUAACUCGUCGUUACUUGAGAGCACUUGGAGUCACUGGAGUAAAGAUCAGACUGGAGAUAACUCGGAGUCUCACUCAACUAAAACGAAGAGGGAUGCUCCCCGCUUCUCCCUAGUGAAAAACCUGGUACGGGUGAGUGUCAGAGCAAGCUUGAAGUCAAGCAUCGGUGUCAGGGUAUCAAUGUUCGGGGUCUCUCAGAUAGCUGGUGCACUCAUGAUGUAUGGCAUUGGCCUGGCCAAAAUGUCUAUCCAGACCUGGAGGGUUAUGUUCAUCGUCUGCGGUGGCCUUACCAUUCUUGCCGGUGUGUUGUUCAUCCCGUUCAUGCCGCGAGACCCAUCCUCUGCCUGGUUCUUAAAAGAGCAUGAGCGCAACAUCGCUGUGGAGCGCCUUGCACUCGACAGAGACACUAGAGAUCGUUCUGAAUUCAAUGUUUCUCAAAUAAAAGAGGCUUUCCUCGACCCCCGGACAUGGCUGUAUUGUUCAAUGGCUCUCUUCAUCUGCAUUCCAACCCCAAUCAUCAAGGUGUGUGCUGGAUUGCUGGAGUGA